AUGUCUAACCCAUUUGAUUUACUAGGUAACGACGUUGAAGAACCAACUGUUGUUUCUCCUCCAAAGGAAAUUGUGAAGAAGAACACUUCUUCCAAGAAGGCUGAUGUGCCACCACCAUCUGCUGACCCAUCCAAGGCCAGACACAACAAGCCAAAGGCUGUCGGUAACGAAGCUGCCAUCAAGGACAAGAACGCUGGUAGAUCCAACAACAGAAACAAGGAUGCUCCAGCUUCUACCAAGCCAAAGAGAGAAAACAGAAGAGCCACUGACCGUCAAAACAGAUCCGGUAAGGUCGACACCUCCAAGAAGGUCAAGCAAGGCUGGGGUGAUGACGAAAAGGAAUUGGAACAAGAGCAAGCUGCUAUCGCCGAUGCUGCUGCUGAAUUGGCCGAAGAUGCUGAAGAACAACCAGCUGACAACAAGAAGUCCUUGAAGGAAUACUUGGAAGAAAUGAAGGCCAACUCUUUGGACACUCCAGCUCCAAAGAAGGAAGUCGAAUUCGAAGGUACCCCAUUGGAAGCUAAGGAAAAGGAAGUAUUCGCCCCAGCUACCAAGGUCAAGAAGGUCAAGUCUAAGCAAUUAAAGACCAAGCAAUUCUUGGACUUCGAUGUCACCUUCUCCGACUCUUUGCCAAAGCCAAGAGCUGACAGAAACACCAGAGGUAAGAGAGACUCCAAGAAGCCAAACCAAAAGCAACAACAAGGCUCUAAGGGUCCAGCUGUUACUCACUUCCCAUCUUUGGCUUAA